AAAUUAGUGAGUGACCUCAUGCCCCUCUACGCCUUCGGUUCCAACGGCUCCGGCCAACUAGGUAUCGGACAUGUGGAGGAUACAUCUAUUCCAAUGAGAUGUCUAUUCGAAGAGUUGGCUGAAGGUGAAAAUAAUAGUGGAUGUGAAAACGACAUCAUUCAAAUAGCCACAGGCGGAAACCACACCUUACUCCGCUUCAGGAAUGGGGAGGUCUACGCGGCCGGGUUUAAUGGGGAUGGACGGUGCGGGGGGACGAUUAUGGGCAAUGCAAAUGCAGAUGCAGACCAGUUAAUACUCCAAUUUAGGAAGGUUUUCAUCGUGGAAGAGAUAGAUAUGGGUACUGAUACGGAUGCUACGGAAGGAAAUAAGAAAAAGGGGAAGGAGAAACGGGUAUGGGACCGUUUUGCGCUCGUCUCGGCGACGUGGGAGGGGAGUUUUUUGGUUUCUUCAUCAUCAACUACCAUAUUCGCAUUUGGUUCAGGUUCAAAAGGUGAACUUGGCCUAGGACCAUCGAUACAGUCGUGUCGAUCUGCUGUGCGGGUUCCUGAUUUUCCGCCUCCUUCUUCCUCAGAAUCAGAGGGAAGAACAGCCACGACUACAACUGCUACUGCGUCUAUCAUCGCCAUCGCGAGCAGCAUGUCGCAUACAGUCGUCGUCUUGGAUAACGGGGAUGUAUAUGGCUGGGGCACAUCGAGAAAGGGACAACUCGGGAUGAGUCUUGCAGAGAGGAAAGUUGUCUGGUCGCCUACUAAGAUCGGAGAGAUACCACCUUUUUUUCGCGCGUCUGAUGUUACGUGUGGAAGGGAGUUUACUGUUGUCUGUGGUGAUAAAGGGAAAGGGGAAUUUGUUAUUUUGGGUGCUGGGGGGAAUAGGUGGGGGUUUUGA